UAACAGGUGAAACUUUGUGAAGGAAAUAAUGACAGCUCGUCGCCAAGUAUAAACAAGGCUAGUAGUUUACCUAGUUAUUUUACAUUUUACACACUUUUUCUUUUAUGCAAGUGUUUCUGUUCUACGCAAAUAAUAAUAAGCCUAUUUGAAAGCCUCAGUUGCUAUAUUUACUUGUAUUCUUGUGGUUUUAUACAAUGGCUGAUUCUGGAGUAGACACUAGUAAUGAGAGCAGCGAUAAUCCAAUAUUUGAUCAUUCUCAAUGUAUCUUGGAAUUUAGUCCACCUGCUAUACCAAUAAACCUAGCAGGGCAGCCAAUGCCUGUUGAAUUUUUAUCCGAACCUCAUGACCAUGUUGGAAAAAUCAAGUGCUCAACAAAGGCUAGACAUUGUAGACUGAAAUACAGGUAUGGCGGUAGCAUUUGCUCUUCACGAAACCACAAACUGCGGUUUGCUGCCUCCACAAAUAACACUGAAUUGGUUGAGAAACUGCUGCUAUCAGGGGCUGACCCAAAUUCUUCAGAUGAACACAAAAGAAGUCCAUUGCACCUAGCUGCUUGUCGCGGUUACGUAGAUGUGGUUAAAAUUCUUCUGAGGCACGGCGCGAACCCCAAUAUCAAGGAUACUCUGGGUAAUACACCACUACAUCUGGCCGCUUGCACUAACCAUAUAAAAGUGGUCAUAGAACUACUGGAUGCGGGCACAGAUGUGAGUUCUCACGACAAAAACGGCCGCAACCCUAUACAGUUGGCACAGAGCAAAUUGAAACUGAUUCAAAUGCGCCCAAGUGGAGUGGGACACUUUGAGGAGACAAGACAGCUCAUAGGCGAGAUAUGUUUAGUUGUUGAAAUGAUGUUGAAGUACAUGAAGAUACAAAAAGCUGAUGCAGGCGACUUAGAAUCUGUCCGUUUGAGACUGGAGCAAGUGAGCACUAGAGAGCAGGUGGACUCCGAAGUACAGAACUUGCUUGACAGCCUAGAUUCUCUCAAAUUGAGAUAAUUAUCAUAAUAGUUAUACAAAUGUUUAUGAAGACUGUUUAUUGAUGCAACUGUCUAAUGUUAAGAGCUCAGUAAUGUUUAGAUAUUCUAGGCAUCAUUUUUGAUAAAUUAAUAACAUAAUUAUUUAAUGAUUUCUUUUAAGUUUUUUUGAAUUGUAUAUGAUUAAUAUUGAAGGCCAUUUUUUCAAAUUGCAACCUUUUAAUAAUGUAAUCAAGAGUAAUUUUAUGAUUUUGUAAUGUGUGUUGGUCUUCUAUAUUAUUAAAUGUUACAAUUAAGUAACUACUUGUGUCACAAUAGAUGUAAGUGUAUUUAGUUUAACUAUGAAAUAAAGAGUAUAAUAAAGUUAUUAUAUCUAA